AUGUUGUUUAAAUCGUUGUUAAUAUUUGUUGUAUUAGGAGUUUGUUGUUUAACACAAACUAAAGCUGUCCGCUAUACGGUAAUAUGGAGAGAAAAUUGGGACGCCCGUUGGGCCAAAAAAACCCAAAAUCUAGACGAAAACCCCCCGCCUUUCGUCGUAAUUCAUCAUUCCGAAACGCCUGAAUGUAAUAGUACAUUCGCCUGCAAAAAGCGCGUGAAGAACAUCCAGGAAUACCAUAUGGAUACCAAAGGAUGGGAUGAUAUAGGAUACAAUUUUCUGAUUGGCGGAGACGGGUGCGUUUACGAGGGCAGAAGUUGGCGCAUAAGAGGGGCCCAUUUGCCCAAAUACAAUGGUCGCAGCAUAGGAAUCUGUAUGAUAGGAAGUUUUCAAAAUGUAACGCCUCCGAAUUUGCAAAUGGACGCUUUGAAGAAUUUUAUACAAGCGGGCGUCGAACAUAAUCUAAUAAGCCUUAAUUACGAAUUAAUUGGACACAGACAAGGAAAAGCUACAGAUUGUCCAGGUGAUGCUUUGUUCAAUUUAAUUAAGGAAAUGCCACGAUGGUCGUCGAAUCCAAAAUAA